CCGCCGGCCCCCGGCACCCCCACCGGGCUGCCCAAGGGCUCGGCCAGCGCGGGGCCCCAGAGCCUGCCCAGGACGCCCUCCGCCACCACCGGCGGGAUCCGGGCCACGCUGACGCCCACGGUCCUCGCCCCUCGCCUGCCGCAGCCGCCUCAGAACCCGACCAACAUCCAGAACUUCCAGCUGCCCCCAGGUAUGGUCCUCGUGCGGAGCGAGAACGGGCAGUUGUUAAUGAUUCCUCAGCAGGCCUUGGCCCAGAUGCAGGCCCAGGCCCACGUGCAGACCCAGCCUCAGACCGCCAUGGCGCCCCGCCCUGCAACCCCCACAAGUGCCCCUCCCGUCCAGAUCUCUACCGUGCAGGCACCCGGGACCCCGAUCAUUGCACGGCAGGUGACCCCAACGACCAUAAUCAAGCAAGUGUCUCAGGCCCAGACGACGGUACAGCCCGCCACGGCGCUGCAGCGUUCGCCCGGAGUGCAGCCUCAGCUGGUCCUGGGUGGCGCUGCCCAGACAACUUCCCUCGGGACGGCCACGACUGUUCAGACGGGGACGCCUCAGCGAGCGGUCCCAGGGGCCACAGCCACCUCCACGGCUGCCACGGAAACCAUGGAAAACGUGAAGAAAUGUAAAAAUUUUCUAUCUACGCUAAUAAAACUGGCCUCAUCCGGUAAACAGUCUACAGAGACAGCUGCUAACGUGAAGGAACUGGUCCAGAACCUACUGGAUGGAAAAAUCGAAGCGGAAGAUUUCACCAGUAGGUUAUACCGAGAACUUAAUUCUUCACCUCAACCUUACCUUGUGCCUUUCCUGAAGGUAAAUGCAGGGUCUCCGGCAGCGCCGCACCAGCAGCUUGCCAUGGGCCGGGGGAGAGGAGGGGAGGGGAGGCGCCCAGGUGUCCCUGCGGGUUUGUGGGUUUCAGGUGCCCGGUGGCGCUUGUCGGGCUUCCCGUCAGGAGGCUUUUCCGUGGCCACCGGGCCAGGCCCGCCAGUCGGGCUUAGGGUUCAAAGGCAUCAGGCCGGCCUCUUAAGUUUUUGCCGCCAUGACAUUCUUUAGAGCGUUUCAAAAAUACUUUUUUUUUCUGAACAAAUUUUAGCCGACUCUUUCGGAGAGUAACCUUGGUGGGGCUGGGGGUCUGUGAGCGUGGCUGCCCCUCCCCCUGCCCCCGACGCCCAGACCCGCGUGGUCGA